AUGCCUUACCUUUUAUCACUUCCCACGUCACCGCAUCUAUCCGAUAUCAAAUCUCCUGCCACUGAUGAUAUUGACGGUGAUACUUCGUCAGUUUAUUCACAAUUAACUUCAAUUAGUCAACGGCGACAAUUACAACGACGAAAAACAUUUGAAACAGAUGAUGAACAAGACAGUACAGAUGGUAUUGAACUCGAUUGUGGAGCUGUACUCAACGAUGUUUUUCAAUCGUCUACAGCCGAUUCCCGAACAAAAUACUUGACACUUCAUGCUUUAAAUGUUUGUUAUCAAAAAUCAUUAUAUGAAUUAAAUGAAAAACUUGAACAUGUACCACAAGAACGGACCACUUAUAAUUAUCCAGUUGGAAAACGAGUAUCAGAAGAAGAUUUUUAUCCAACAAAAUAUUAUCCAGAUUGGUCUGAAAUAUUUCAAAAUUUUUGCCCUAUUAAUGAUGAUUAUGAUGGUAUUUAUCAAUUAGAAUUAUUACAAAAUGCAAACAAAGCCUUCGUAAGAAAAGAAGAAUGUUGUGAAAAAAAUUUCAUUUUAAAUUUGACCAAAUUAGUUGUGAAAGAAAUGCGCGAUAUUUGGUUAAGAUGGUUGAAAGUCGAACUCAAUGUAAACAAUGAUCGUCUACAAGAAACAAAAAAUGUAAAAACUCGAAAAUUAACACAACAGAAAAUCGAUACCUUUCAAAAUGAUAUUCAACAAUUAAAUAACAGAACAAAUUUGGAGAUAAUAUCCAAAAUUGAGCUACUUGAACAAGUUGAUUGGCAAUCAAUUGCAACAAAAAUGCGAUCCUAUAGUUAUAAGCAUGUUACCAGUUCAUCGUUAGAAUUGUUUUGGAAACGACGAUGUCAGUAUGGUCAGGAAAAUAUUUGGACAAAAGAAGAUGAUCAAUAUUUACAUACUUUAGUUGAAUUGUAUGGAUGGGGACAAUGGGAUCAAAUUGCACAAGAUCCACAUUUUCAAAAUAAAAAAUCACCUUUUAUGUUAGCACAACGAUAUAUGACAAUCGAUAAUGUUAAACAUGCUAAACGACGUUUUACGCCUGAUGAAAAAUCUCAGUUAUUGAAAAUGUACAAUGAACGAAAACAGAAACAAGAUUAUCGAUUUUCAAUCAGUUCAGGUAUAUAUUUUAAUAGUCAUAGAAAGAGAGAACAGUUAAAUUGAUGUGUAAUCUGACGAGAGAACAGUCCCAAGUGAUCCAUCCCGAUUCAUUUGAUAUUUUACUGAUCGAUAGGACUAAUUGGUCUAAUAAAAAUCCAAAAAAGGGCUCGUUCCCAUGCGACUUCGUUCACGAGUUAUGAUCGAUUUAGUGAUAUUCGUCUUUUUGGUAUAUUUACUAUCAGUAAGGGGACACCUUCUAUAUCCUGAUCGGGAUAUAUAUCCCGAUUGGGAUAUAGCUAUAUCCCGAUCAGGAUAUAGAAAAAAAGUAGUAUCCCGAUCGGGAUAUAAAACACGAAAUUUCGUCGU